AUGGUUGUUCAGACAAAAAUAAGUGUUUUGAGCGUCAGUGUGCUUGUGGAGCCGAUUGUGGAUUGGAAGGAGAAAAUAGUCCUUGCGUUGCACGGGGAUGCGAAUGGGUCUGGAGGCGCGGAAUUGGAAAUUGUAGAGGUUGUUGGGAUCUUUCUUCUCCAAUUCGUCAGACCCUCAGGAACUACCCUCUCGAUUUUGGAAAAAGUGUUUCCGUCCGCUACGGAUAUGGCUUUAAGAUCGAAAUACUCGCCUAAAUUAGAGAGCUUCCGGGUGUCGAUCCUUCGCGCCACUAGUUUUGGAUAUGUGGAGUGGAAUAGGGCUGAGGGAACAAGUGAUGGGUGGUGGGUUGGUGGCAUUAAGCUGGGAACUGCUUGA